AGAAGCCUCUUGCGUCAGAUGGACGCUGUGCUUCUAUCCAGUGUGUGACCACAGCAGCGCACAGCUCCCCCUCGACCCAACACUCUCUCUCUGCCGCACUCUCAGGAUGGGUCGUCCUGCGUGGACUCUCUGGGUCGUCGUAGCGGUGUUUCUUAUCGGGGACGGCUUGGCCAAGCCUCAGCGUCUAGGCUCGGAGCCUCUGGAGCCUCUGGGUCCCGGGCCCCUCGAGACCAACAACAUCGUGGAGCUGGAGGUGCCCCCUGAGCUGGACGAGGCCAUGUCCGACGCAGAGCUGGUUCCGCAGCACUAUCCGGCCCAGCGAGCGGCCCAGGUGGCCGUGCACUACCUCAACACGCGCCACGCCUCGCCCUACCGCCGCAUCGAGCUCCGCCGCGUCCACAAGGCCAGCCUGGAGGACCUGGGACAGGCUGGGAAAAAGUACCGUCUGCAGAUAUCUCUCAAGGAAAGCAUCAGCAAUACGGACCUGGGCCAGUGCUCGGCGGAGGUGCUGUUCUCGGGGGAGCAGGAGCAGAGGGCUCCCCAGGUGCAGUGCUCCUGCGAGGGCCUGGCCAAGCUGAACACCAGGGCGGAGGAGGACGCCCUCUUCCAGCGCCUCAACACCUCCACCAGCCCGCUCUCCGGGGGCAACAUACCAGACAGCUAUGGUCACGUUGACCCAGAGAUGAAGCCUAUGUGGCGCUUGGGCGCAGCAGCAGCGAGCUUCGUCAUGCUGAGAGAGUCCAACGAGAGCACCCUCUACAACAUGGCCCAGGUGGCCAACUUCACCCAGCUGGAGACGGAGAAUGACCAGCUGAGGUUUAAGUAUCAUAUCCUGCUCCACGACAUGAUCUCUCAGGAGAUCCUGCACUGGAAGCUGCUGGUGGCCUGGUCUCCAGCAGGGGGCGUGAGUGUGCUCCAGACAGACUUUGAGCCCAAAUGUCACCGCUGUGGCACUGUGCCUUCAGCCGAACCAAAGCCAGAGGCCACCAAAGCGUCCGCAGUCAGCUGAACCCCCUCGCAUUCCCACAUAGUCCAUGUCUGGUUACCCUGAGCGGUCAGAAGCAAUCCCCAAGAUGAAGAGAAAAGCACUUAAGGACUUGGGCGGUCAUGGUCAUUAAUGUGAGCAGUCAGUUGGUCAACGGAGUUGUGUGGCCAGUGUGUUCCACAGAUAAAGUAUUAAAAGCACUCAAAACAGGAGCCAUAAGUAUGUUCCUCUUGUCUACUUGUACUACUGCUUGCACCACCACUGAGUUUGAUAUAAAGCCAAUUAAAGUUUUGUUUAAUAUGAAUAAGGGUUUGGACGUUGAUGUUGCAUAGACACAAUGAUCUAAUCAGCACAAAUAAAAACCAUCCACUGGAAAAAUGGAAA